AUGGUGGAGAUUUCGAUGCUCGCCAUUUUAAGAAGAGAGAUGGGGAAAGGAGGAAUGUCUCAGGGAGAAGAAUCAAAGGUGGAAGAAGAGAACAUGGCUGCUUGGCUUGUUGGUGUCAACACCCUCAAGAUCCAACCUUUUCUUCUUCCUCCCGUUGGUCCUCAUGAUGUGAGAGUUAGGAUGAAAGCUGUUGGGAUUUGUGGAAGUGAUGUUCAUUACCUCAAGACCAUGAGAUGUGCGGAUUUCAUAGUGAAAGAACCGAUGGUGAUCGGACAUGAAUGUGCUGGGAUCAUUGAAGAAGUAGGUGAAGAAGUGAAGCAUCUAGUGAUAGGUGACCGUGUGGCUCUUGAACCUGGGAUAAGUUGCUGGAGAUGCAAUCUCUGCAAGGAAGGAAGAUACAAUCUUUGUCCAGAGAUGAAGUUCUUUGCAACUCCACCGGUUCAUGGCUCUCUAGCUAACCAAGUGGUUCACCCUGCGGAUCUAUGCUUCAAGCUGCCUGAGAAUGUGAGUUUGGAGGAAGGAGCAAUGUGUGAGCCGCUAAGUGUUGGUGUUCACGCUUGUCGUCGAGCCGAGGUUGGUCCUGAGACUAACGUGUUGGUGAUGGGAGCUGGACCUAUUGGCCUUGUCACCAUGUUGGCUGCUCGAGCUUUUGGUGUGCCUAGGAUUGUUAUUGUUGAUGUUGAUGAGAACCGAUUAUCAGUAGCCAAACAGCUCGGUGCACACGGUGUUGUUAAAGUCACAACAAGCUUAGAGGAUAAGAACUUGGAGGUUGAUGUGGUAGGUGUGUUCAGGUACAAGAACACGUGGCCUUUGUGUCUUGAGUUCAUUACAAGUGGUAAGAUCGAUGUGAAGCCACUCAUAACACACAGAUUCGGUUUCUCUCAGAAGGAAGUGGAAGAUGCCUUUGAAACCAGUGCUCGUGGGAGCAAUGCCAUCAAAGUUAUGUUCAAUCUGUAA